AUGUUAGAUGAACUAUAUAAAGCAGAACGUGGAGAGAUGGAAAAGAAACUUCAAGCAAAAGAUGAAGUCAUUGAAUCCAAAGACAAAAGCAUACAGAAAAGAAUACCGCGUUCAGUACAAAAAGGAAAGGAAAAGAGUUAUAAGUAUAUGAUAUAUACUGAAGAGUUGGAGAAAGAAGAAGACAGAGAUAUGGUUAUGUUGCAUUUAGUCAGAAGAAACAACAAGAGCUUUUAUGACUUAGCUAAAAUAUAUAAAUCUGACAGAAACUGGUUCUAUCGUGAAAACUUACCGAUUUCAAUGACACCGAAUGAGCAAAUAAAGGAAAUUGUCAAAAAUACUCUUCCUCAAACACACUAUGACAUCAAAGGUUGCACAAUACUUACAUUCAAAGAAGACUUACCAUUACUGAAGGAAAAAAUAACAGAAUAUUUUGAUAACUUCAAAGAGGAAGAAUGA